AUGAUAGUUUUACUAUGUGGCAAAGGGUUAUUUAAAAAAAAUGAUACAGAAAAUGCUGAAUGCUAUAGUUUAUUUAUUCUUAUGCUAUUUAAACCUUGGGAAACUAUUCAAGACCUUCUUGAAAACUAUGAUUCUUGGGCAAAGGCAUGUCAAGCUUUUUUAGAUAGUUCUUACUUAUCUCCUCGCUUAAAAUCUAUAAUUUAUAAUAUAAAAUUAUUGUAUAAAUGUUCCGAAGAGACAGCACUUGAUCGAGAACUACGUAAAAAUGCACUAAAAGACCCAAUUCUUGCAAAGGCUCAUCGUAUAGAUCGUUCUGACCCUGGAUAUAAUACUUAUAAUGAACUAGACCUUUCUGAUAAUGAUGAACUACCAAUAAAUAAUACUCUUAGUAAUAAUAUACUUGAAUUUAAUCCUGAAGCAAUUAUCAGAUCUGGUUUAAAAACCAUUAAAAUGGUUGAUUCUGCUAUGAGUAAUACAAAUUUUGCUAAUAAUAAUCUUGAAUCAGAAACUAUACAUUCAAGCAAUGCAUAUGAUAGUGCAAAUAAUACACCCAUGAACACUAAUAUAAAUCUUCAGCAUAAUUAUAAAAAUACCCCUCUAAAUAUUACUGUUACAAAAAAUACUAAUCCCUUGGAACAAUUUGCAUCUGGCUUAAAUGAAGAACAAAAAAAAGCAUAUUUCUUGUUUUGUGAACAUCGACAAAAAAAUAAUCAAAUAACAAAAAAUAGUCUCUUACAAUUAUUACUUUACUUUACAGGUGCAGGUGGAACCGGUAAAUCUAGAGUUAUUCAAGCAAUAUGCUCAUACUUUGAAUAUACUUUACAAAGUGACAAACUAAUAGUUUUAGCUCCUACAGGAAUUGCAGCAGUAAAUAUAUGUGGAAAUACUAUUCAUUCUGCAUGUGGCUUUGGUUUUAAUGAAGGUGGAAAUAAUUAUUCUAAUUUUUCUAAUGAAUAUAAAUGCCAGCUUCAAGAAUGUUGGUCUAAAAUAGAAUAUGCUAUCUUAGAUGAGCUCUCUAUAGUUGGGCAAAACCUUUUAGCACAAUUUCAUACUUUUAUAAAAAAAAUCAAAUUUAAUAAUGACUCAACUCCAUUUGCUAGAAUAAAUAUAUUAUUUGCUAGAGAUUUUAUACAAUCACCACCUGUAUUAGAUAAAGCAUUAUAUACACCUGAUAAAAUUACUUGUUUUACUUCGGCUGAAUAUAGUUCUUCAAAAAGCAAAAAACGAAAGUACAAUAUUAACUUAUUAUUAAUUAAUUCUCGAACUGUCACCAACACAACAGGAAGAAGUCUUUGGCUAAAUGUUAAACAUGCUGUCCAAUUAAACAUUUUAAUGCGUCAAAUAGAUAACCCUUUUUAUACAAACAUCCUUGAAAAUAUGUAUCAUAGUAAUCUUACUGAAACCCAAAUAGCAGCUUUAUGA